AUGUUGGCAGAUUGGUUAGUGAAUCGACGACAUUGUAGUAAGGAUUGGCAGAAGAGUGUUUUGGUGAUACGCGAAAAGAUCAAACAUGCCAUACAGGAUAUGCCCGAAGAUGAACGCAUUCUCAAGCUUCUUCAGGGCGCUUACAUCAAUUAUUUUCACUGUAAGCGAAUAGUGGAAAUCCUGAAAGAGACUGAAAAGGAUACGAAAAAUUUCCUUGGUUAUUAUUCAUCGCAACGUAUGAACGAUUGGCUGCAAAUUCAACAAUUGUAUGAAAAGGAGAACGUGAAUUUGGCCGAAGCAGCCCAGAUUCUGCAACGACUAGUGCAGUAUGAAAUACCAGCACUGAAGAAGCAAAUCGCAAAAUGUGAUCAAACUGUUACGGAUUGUGGAAGAAAAGAGCAGGAAUAUGUGAAGCAGUCAAUAGAUGCAAAAAAGCAGUUCGAGAAAGCACUGAAAGAUUUUGGUAUCAAAGGUCAGCAUAUGCGUCGUGAACUGAUGUCGUUGGCAAUUGAUUUACCGUCGUUCUACAUUGGAAUCGCCGAAGAAAUCCGCAGAUUGCGUGAACCGUUGCAAUACUACUACGAUUUUAGGAAAUAUCUUCACCAGAACAAUGAACCUAAAUCGGUGUUAUUACCGUUGUGUUCGUUGAUUAUCAAAGAAGGAACUGAAACAACGGUAUAUGAAUGGAAACGAGGCGUGAAACCAACACGAGUCGAGCGACCACCUUUUGAUUCGUUAAUGAUGCAAAAUGAUGACGAAAAGAAUGAAGUGGAUGAUACAAUCGAUUUUGGAGAUGGUGCUGGACUGACGAAUGAAAUCAAUUUUGACGUGGAUUCGGCCGAGAUUGACUUUGGUGAUGAGGGUGGCGGAAUUGAGAUUGAAGUUGUUGGCGACGAUCAAGGUGAGUUCGAGUGUGAAUUCAGAGGACAAUUGGAAGAUGGUGUGGCGCGCGGUGAAGAGGCUUUAAUGUUAUUGGAAAAUAUCGAAUCUCAGAAACUGAUUCUAUCCGAAUUGAAUGAGUUACAAAUAUUCCUCACAUCGAGACGAACUGACGAGAUGUGUGAGAGUUCAUCAGAUAUCUACAUCUCUGGAAUGGAGGAUCGACCAGCGCUCCUAAAAGCGAUUGAAAUUUCACAAAUCGACGCUUGGUUGCAACAGGUGAACGGUGUUAUGGCGAAACUGAAUGAUCCACAAAAACUGCAUUUGUUCAAAAUUCGAUCCUCACCUCAUUAUGUGGAAACUUUAGUAGAGAAUCUCGAACAGAAACGUUCAAUUGAAAGUCGAUAUGAGCGAUUGCGCACUCUGAUGGUUGAAAGGAGUCAAGAAGCCAGGGAAGCGGCCACAAAAGCGCAGUCUCAACUCAAAGACGUGUCGAUCGCAACAAGAGUGCUUCAGAAACAACUAGAAGAGGAAAUCUCAAAGAAAUAUAAUGGACGAACAGUGAACAUUAUGGGAGGAAUUCAAGCAGCUCUGAUGGCCUCGUGA